GCUCGACUCACCCGACAAAGUGUAGUCUAGGCUCGUGGUGUCCAGCCAAAGCAGUGAGAGACACAAACUUCCUACCUGUCGCAUUCCUCAUCCUUCUCGAUAUUCUCCUGGUUGCAACGACUAUAUGGCAUAAGAUGCGAGCGCGAUACAACAAGAAGGGCCAACAGGGAAAUAAGAAAGGUGAGAAAAUGCUAGGGGCAAAAUCUGCAAGCCGAAAGUAUGUUCGAGAGCCAGGUUAUCGGCAACUCGAUGACGAGCAGUAUGCUGGAUUCACAGAUAACGAUAUUCCUAUGGAACCGACUAUUAGGGCGUUCAAUAGAAGACCUACUGGGUUCGAACAUCUCGGGGCUUUAGAGGCGGAGUUUAUUGAGGACCUUCAUAACGGUGAUGCUGAGACCAAGACGGAUUUGCAUUUAUUCGUACAAUCUUUGUCAAAGUGCCUCGGUGCUACGAAAUUUGGAUUGAGUUUCGAGUUUCAAGAUUUGGGCUUCAAGCCACCGAAGUCGGCUAAGCCAAUUCUUUCGGAUGUGUCUGGAGCAAUCAAUGCUGGCUCCCUUUGGGGUGUGAUGGGUGCUUCUGGUGCUGGAAAAUCCACCUUUGUUAAUGUGCUCAUGGGUAAAACCGCUCACACUGGGGGCAUUACUAAGGUCAAUGGCGUUGCUGGCAAGAUCUCAAAAUACAAGAAGAUCAUUGGCUGCGUUCCCCAGGAUGAUAUCGUUCUGCCAGAAUUAACUGUUCGCGAGAACAUCCUUCACUCAGCUCGAAUCAGACUGCCUUCAAACUGGACUGAUUCCGAAAUCCAGAACCAUGUCGACAUCCUCAUCAGCUGUCUCAAGCUGGCUCACGUGCAAGACUCGUUAGUUGGAAGUACUGGGGCACCCGUGAUUUCUGGUGGACAGAGAAAGAGAGUCAGUAUUGGCAUGGAAUUAGCUGCUGCACCCAUGGCCUUAUUCCUCGACGAGCCAACGUCUGGAUUGGACGCAACAGCUGCUGCUUCAAUCAUGGCAACACUGAAAGCGCUCUCUCGCCUGGGCAUGACAAUCGUAACAAUCAUCCACCAACCUCGCCAAGAAAUUUUCGAAUCACUCGACAGUCUUGUUCUUCUUGGUGCUGGUCGCAUGAUCUAUUGUGCACCGCAAGCUGACAUGCAGCCCCAUUUCGAAUCUCUAGGCUUCCAAUUUCCAGACCACACCAAUCCCGCGGAUGUAAUGGGCGACAUUAUCGCAGGUGAAGGUCGGCAUUACAAGGCUAAUGGAGACGCCACCGUCCAAGGACUCAUCGAUCACUGGGCAACCCGUCAGAAGGAUCCCGGAAGUCUUAACAAACACGCCUCCACCAUCUCGGUGGCCGGGAUGAAGUCACUCUCCACCACAGUAAGACAGCGAGGCGCACCCUGGUACAAGCAAAUAUGGUUCUGCUACCAACGCUCCCUCCUCCAACAAUACCGCAUGAAAUCCUCAUUUUUCUUCGAGCUCGGCGUUGGAGCACUGGCAGGCUUUCUCAUUGGCCUGGCGGAACUGAACGCAAAGGGCCAGAACUUCCGCGGGAUCUUCAACGACCCAUACGAGAUGCUCUCUUCUUCGAUCGACUACGCCUCAGUCCCGCAAAUGUCCCUCCUCGUCGGUCUCUCCAUCGGCCUCACGGCCUCCGCGCCGGGAGUGAAGAUCUUCGGCGAAGAGAAACUGGUGUACUGGCGCGAAGCCGCCGCUGGCCACAACCGAUUCGCGUAUUACAUGGGCAAAGUCUUGUCCACAAUCCCGAGAAUGGUGUUGGCGAAUUUCCACUUCACGACCAUGUUCAUCCUGCUAGCUACCCCGGUGAUUGGAUGGUUUCCAGCGUUCGCUGCGAAUUUGCUGUACUUUUACUGUAUCUACGGCCUCGCAUCUUGUAUUUCCAUGAUCACGCGAAGGGAAGACGGACCGUUGCUGGCUGUUAUGAUGUCACUGAUUGUUGGGGUGCUGAACGGGAUGUCUCCUACUUUGAAGAAAGUCCGCAGUUGGCAUAUUGUUUGGAUUUGGAGAGCGAGUCCCGGCACCUGGUUGGCAGAAGCGUAUUUCACAGAGAAUAUUGCGCCGUUGGCCAGUAUAUAUCGGAUUGAGUUUGCGAGGGAUGCGUUGGGGUACUUGUUGAACAAAUUCUCACACGAUUUGCUGAUGUUAUUAGUGAUUGGGACGGCUCUGAGGAUAUUUGCGUUUCUUGGGUUGAGGUUUAUGUGGAGGGCUAAGCAGAGGUAGUGCUGCUAAGGGGUAUACACUCAUAGAUUUCUAUAGACGAAGGUAAACCUGUCGAUGACAAGAACGACUUCUGAAAGAUGAAAAGUGACUGGGACAUUUAGAA